UGUAGGCUCAAGCUGCAUAGGUCCUCAUCGUUCCGGAAAAACUCAGGGAUUAUGAACCCUGGCCACGCGGUUGGCAUGUCGUGCUUCCCUAUUCGGGCAACGUGAAAACGAGGACGCUAAUCAAAGUCUCGACGUCAUCGCGUCAUCCUCGGUGCCCCUCAAAAAGUGGGCUUCUUCUCCUCUCAACUUGCUUCGCACUCCCAUCAUCUCCUCCCCCAAACUACUCCUUUCACGACUAUAACGAACUCACAACUCUGAAAAUGUCGCGCGCGUUCUGCAUCCCAGGCAUCGUGUUCCUCCUGUGCGCGCUUGUCCUGAGCGUCAUCGUCUCCAUCUCCCUCCCCUUCCUCCCCGCGAUCGACUUUGUUCGCGUCAAGUUCGCGUCUGGGGUUACGGCUGCCACCAACGGGGACGCCAUGACGGAGCUUAGAUUCGGUGUAUGGGCGCCCUGCUACUACGACACUCAUGGCGCUCGGACAUGUUUUAAGGCCGCACAUGCCUACUCCAUUGCCAUUUCCAACGCGGCGAAGACCUCUAACGCGACCAUCGGCUCCUCUUGGACGCGUGGAUUGGCUGUCCAUCCCGUCGCCGCGGCCGUGACUUUCAUAGCUUUCAUCUUCUCCUUCUCGACACAUCAUGCCUUUACGCUCUUCUCUUCACUCUUGUCCUUCCUCGCGGCCUUGCUCACCCUGAUUGCCUUCGUGAUCGACAUCGUCCUUUACGCCCGAGUGCACCAUGAAGUAGGCAACAUUGCGGACGUCUCUGGACACACCACGACCAGUCCCGCCUUUUGGAUGACCUUUGCCUCGUUUAUUCUUCUCCUGUUGGCCGGCUGCACUGUCUGCUUCGGACGUCGUCGUGACCGCAUGUCGGGCGCGUCGACCUACCCGAUGGAGACCUACAACAAGCCCAGCUUCUUCUCUCGGUUCCGUAGAAACAAGGCGGCGGCUUAUUAAGGGAAUGCGAUGGCCCUUUUUAACAUGUUGUUUCUGAUUGGACAUUCGGUAAAACUUGAUAGCUUCUAUACCCCGUCUUCUUAGUGUGGUGCUUGAAUACAAUAUAAGAUCCUUUAUUUGUACCUAGGGCCCAUAACUCAGCGCCCAUACCCUCCACAUCUACCCCGGAAGUCAAUCUCUCUU